CUACUUCAAAAACUGUCUGCACUGAGAAGUGUCCUAAUUUGUCUUCUUCCUCUGCGGUUCAAUACUUUUACAACCACUCAUUGGUGUACAUCACCAACUUUUUCAGAGCUUGCCAUUCUUUGGACACUGAACAUCUAUGUGGAGUCAUACUUCUUGUUUGACCACGUCGUGUAAAUGCCCUAAAUGACUAGACUUGAGAAAACGCAUCGAAGUUUCAAUGUGAUGAAUCUGUACAAGAGGAAAAUUACUAGGCUAAGAUGGGUAAUAAGCAAACGAUAUUUACUGAUGAACAGCUAGAUGCUUACCAGGAUUGUACCUUCUUCACACGGAAAGAGAUUCUCCGGUUACAUGGGCGAUACCAUGAGCUGGCUCCACACCUAGUCCCCAUGGACUACACCAACGAGCCUGAUGUUACAAUACCCUUAGCUCUUAUAGUCAGCAUGCCGGAACUAAAUGAGAACCCGUUCAGAAACAGGAUCGUGGAGUCCUUCUCUGAGGACGGAGCAGGGAACCUGAGCUUCAACGACUUUGUGGAUAUGUUCUCUGUCCUCAGUGAGACGGCCCCCAGGGAGCUCAAGGCCAUAUACGCCUUCAAAAUAUAUGAUUUCAAUGUGGAUAACUUCCUGUGUAAGGAGGAUCUGGAGAAAACGUUGAACAAGCUAACAAGGGAGGAGUUGAGCCCUGAAGAGGUCACCCUGGUCUGUGAGAAGGCCAUCGAAGAGGCUGACCUAGACGGAGAUAGCAAACUGUCCUUCGCUGACUUUGAAAACAUGAUCACCAGGGCUCCUGACUUUUUAAGUACCUUCCACAUAAGAAUCUGAAAGGGCUCCAUGGAAAGUCUAUAUUCUAUAAUCUGAUUUUAUGGCAGAGAUCCUGACCAUACAAAAAACACUGCCCACACCCUGCCCACACCCUCACCACAGCACGGUGCCUUUCUGUGGCUACAGACAUAACUCUCCCUGGACGUCUGUCUGUAGAGAUGUCAGCUGAAACAGGAACAGACUGGCUUCGUUCUCAUUAUGAUCCUGGAUCUCUUCAGUUUGGUUGUCCUCUCUUACACACACCCACAUUCUCUACUUGGUUUUCAUCUGUUUGGUUUGAGGAUGUUUUUUUGUUUUUUGUUGACUAUUAUAUGUCAUAGUAAUAUUAUUAUCACAACCACUGAUGGAACAAUGAUGCUUUGUAUGUUCUCUUAAAACGACAGAGAAACAGGAAGAUGAAAUGGGAACCUUUUAUAAGCUGUUCCUCCUCACUCAAACCCAGACCAGCCCUGGCCUUGGAGGAAUACUGGAGUACUAGCAGGUCCACAGAAAUAUCACAUUCCCCUUUCCCCUUGUGCCUCAGACCUCCAUACUGACCUCUCCUGUCACUGAAGGACACUCAGGUCUCCUUAAUGAACUGAUGGGGAUACAGCCCUGAGAGGGGUCAGGACCUGGAACCUGCCUGGUGGACAUUAUACAAGACCAGACCUGAGGACAAAGAGAGAGGACAAAGAGAGGGGACAGACAGAGGGGACAGACAGAGGGGACAGACAGAGGGGACAGACAGAGGGGACAGACAGAGGGGACAGACAGAGGGGAGACAGAGAGCACAGCGCUGCAUCACCAAGGUCACACAGACAGAUGGACAGUUUUAUGACAGCAAUGCACUAUUUACUCAUCACACGUAUAAAGCAUAAUAUUCUGUUUCUCCUGCUGUUAAUGAAUUGUUGGGUCAUUUCUAAGACUUGUCCAAAAUGGCAACCUAGUCCCUAGAUAGUGCACUACUUUUGACCCGGGCCAGUAGUGCACUAUCUAGUGAAUAGGGUGACGUUUGGAACUCCCUCCUGCUCUUGAUGAAUUGCUCUGGACAUUUCUAUGUUCUGUUGUUGCUAUAAUUAAUGAUGAUGACAUCAUACCUGACUGUUCUCUAGUUCUAAUGAAGACAUGUACCCAUCUCUACCAUCUCUACCAUCUCUACCAUACCCUCAGACAUCUCUACCAUCUCUACCAUCUCUACCAUACCCUCAGACAUCUCUACUGCUACCAGUCUCUUACCCCUCUCCUCAGGGGACCCUCAGACAUCUCUACUGUCUCUUACCGCUCUCCUCUGGGGACCCUCAGACAUCUCUACUGCUACCAGUCUCUUACCCCUCUCCUCUGAGGACCCUCAGACAUCUCUACUGUCUCUUACCCCUCUCCUCAGGGGACCCUCAGACAUCUCUACUGUCUCUUACCGCUCUCCUCUGGGGACCCUCAGACAUCUCUACUGUCUCUUACCGCUCUCCUCUGGGGACCCUCAGACAUCUCUACUGUCUCUUACCCCUCUCCUCAGUGGACCCUCAGACAUCUCUACUGCUACCAGUCUCUUACCCCUCUCCUCAGGGGACCCUCAGACAUCUCUACUGCUACCAGUCUCUUACCCCUCUCCUCUGAGGACCCUCAGACAUCUCUACUGUCUCUUACCCCUCUCCUCAGGGGACCCUAAGACAUCUCUACUGUCUCUUACCGCUCUCCUCAGGGGACCCUCAGACAUCUCUACUGCUACCAGUCUCUUACCCCUCUCCUCAGGGGACCCUAAGACAUCUCUACUGUCUCUUACCCCUCUCCUCUGGGGACCCUCAGACAUCUCUACUGCUACCAGUCUCUUACCCCUCUCCUCAGGGGACCCUAAGACAUCUCUACUGUCUCUUACCCCUCUCCUCAGUGUUGAAAUAGCCCUGAACUAGCUCACCUGAUUCACCUAUAAGGGCUGAUGAUUAGUUGACACGUUGAAUCAGGUGUGCUAGCUGUGGUAAAGGUAAAAUACAUUGAAUGACCAGGGGCCUCCGAGGAGAGGAACAGCUGGGGGUCCCCGAGGAGAGGAACAGCUGGGGGUCCCCGAGGAGAGGAACAGCUGGGGGUCCCCGAGGAGAGGAACAGCUGGGGGUCCCCGAGGAGAGGAACAGCUGGGGGUCCCCGAGGAGAGGAACAGCUGGGGGUCCCCGAGGAGAGGAACAGCUGGGGGUCCCCGACGAGAGGAACAGAUGGGGGUCCCCGAGGAGAGGAACAGAUGGGUGUCCCCGAGGAGAGGAACAGCUGGGGUCUCAGGAGAGGUUUGAGAACCCCUGUCUUAGCCUCUUUAUCAAGCCAUCCACCAUUCACAUCUUUAUACAGUGAUUCUCUGAUUAAUACAAAUGUUCCUGUAUUUAAACUCCUCGUUACUGUCUCUUCAAUAAAACAUUUUUCAGUAUUUGAUGUGAAUGUGGGGCAUUUGACUUAACUUUUAAUACACACAUUUUCUGUGGCUUGUUGACUGGAUGGUUUGACUUCUGACAGCCAUCAAUUCUCUCAGCUUCUAAGAGUGUUACCGUUCAUGGUACUUUCUUGAGGUGACCAAUAAGGAGUGAUGUAUGGUAAUCAUCAUACCUUGACCGGGAUUCAAUCUGAUCGGCCCUUUUUCAGAACCCUUUAAAGGCAAUGUUCCCGUAUUCGCGGAGACUACAUUCACGGUAAAUGUCGUAUAUGUCGGCUCUAUUGGAAAUUACAUUUUAAUGGCUAGCACUAUAACAUGUAUGUUUUUUAUACUUAGUCAUCAAUAAAUAUAUGACAGCUAAACGAUUAUUGCAUGAAAAGCCCAAACCAUAUAAUUUAUAAUAUAAUGUUCAGCAUCAGCUAUGAUCUGGAACCCUCAACUGUGAAUGAUGUUUUACCCUGUGGUGCACGUGACAAAUAAACUUUGAUUUCAUUUAUCUAGGAAAACCAAAGUUCCAAAGGCUGGGCCUAAUAUAGUGUAUAAGAGGUCAUACAAUACGUUUUGUAGUGAUUCUGUCACGACUUCCUCCAAAGUCAGUCCCUCUCCUUGUUCGGGCGACGUUCGGCGGUCGACGUCACUGGUCUUCUAGCCAUCACCGAUCCACCUUUCAUUUUCCAUUUGUUUUGUCUUGUCUUCCCACACUGGUUUCAAUUCAAUUGUUCAAUUGUUGUGUAUUUAAUCCUCUGUUCCCCCCAUGUCCUUGUCCGGUAUUGUUUAUUGUAGUGCUUGUGCACGUUAUGCUGGUGUGUGACGGGUUUUACCCAUUGAUUUUUGUACUGUUUACGGUGGUGUUAUUUAUUAA